ACCGGGCUUCCGCGUUGGGAGCCGGCAAUAGAACCUGGGAAGCAGAGAGCUGUUGUCCCGGCUGCGGGGCGCCCCGCCGGCCCGGGGUGGGGAUGCACCGGCGCGGGGUGGGAGCUGGCGCCAUCGCCAAGAAGAAACUCGCCGAGGCCAAGUACAAAGAGCGAGGGACCGUCUUGGCUGAGGACCAGCUGGCCCAGAUGUCAAAACAGUUGGACAUGUUUAAGACCAACCUAGAAGAAUUUGCCAGCAAGCACAAGCAAGAGAUCCGCAAGAACCCUGAGUUUCGAGUCCAGUUCCAAGAUAUGUGUGCUACCAUUGGGGUGGAUCCUCUGGCCUCUGGAAAAGGGUUUUGGUCUGAGAUGUUGGGCGUCGGCGACUUCUAUUAUGAGCUGGGCGUCCAGAUUAUUGAAGUGUGCCUGGCCCUAAAACAUCGGAAUGGAGGUCUGAUAACUCUGGAGGAGCUACACCAGCAGGUGUUGAAAGGAAGGGGCAAGUUUGCCCAGGACGUCAGCCAAGACGACCUGAUCAGGGCCAUCAAGAAGCUGAAAGCGCUGGGCACUGGCUUUGGCAUCAUCCCCGUGGGCGGCACUUACCUCAUUCAGUCUGUUCCAGCUGAGCUCAACAUGGAUCACACUGUUGUGCUGCAGCUGGCAGAGAAAAAUGGGUACGUGACUGUCAGUGAAAUCAAAGCCAGUCUCAAGUGGGAGACGGAGCGAGCGCGACAAGUGUUGGAACACCUGCUGAAGGAAGGCCUAGCCUGGCUGGACCUGCAGGCUCCAGGGGAGGCCCACUACUGGCUGCCAGCUCUCUUCACAGAUCUCUACUCCCAGGAGAUCUCAGCUGAGGAGGCCAGAGAAGCCUUCCCUUGACUGAGUGUGGGAGGACAACAGCAGCAGGCCAGAAGGGAACCCGCCUGUGAAUAAACGUGGACAGUUUUGUUUAUAAAAGAA